AUGGAUAGGCCAAUUUAUUACGACAUUGAACAUAAUGCAUAUACAUAUGGCAGUGGACGUAAUGGCCGAUCUAGAAUUGCGCUAACGGAAACCGCUCAUGGAGGAACGCAACCGGUUCUCUUUUGUAAAAGGAGACGAUGGGGAAAAAGUCGGGAACCAGUUAUCUGGGAGUCCUCAUGGCGAUGGGCUGUGAACGUCAGAGCGGAGCGAAAGAGGAUAGACGUCAUCGCCAUUUAUCUCGAGCGAGAUGCGAAUGGCGCAAUCCUUCGACUCACCUGGCAUCUUAGCUACGUGUUCAGCUACAUUAAAGAAUACAGCAAUAUUAAUAUUAAUCAUGACUGGGAAUCGGAAAAAAAGAAGGGAGCCAUUGUACGCCGGUCGAGGUCGACUGGUGCUGGUAAUGCGUCCUCAUUCAUUCGCCUUGGGGGGCGUCAUGGGCUUCACGAUUGGGCUGCUGUCAUUGUCUACUUGCAGGAGGGACCUUUGGGCAGGGGCGGAGAGGAUUUACAAGGCAGAGGGGUAUGUUCAUCCUGUACCAGGGUAGGGUUAACAUUCCAGGAAUG